AUGGAGAGGUGUUCAUCCGGAGGUCGCGAACGACGGCUCUCUGCUAUUCCUAUCUCACACGUGUGUGACUCUCCCUACUCCACCAGCUACAACAUCUGGAAGGUCAACGAUUUGCAUCUGGACUGGGGUCAGGAAGAUAAAACACAAGCUGUCUACAAGGACCCGAACCAAUACGUAUCACCUAUCAUGCAAAGGGCACCCCUACCUGGUGGACGACUAGCGAUACUAGUAGCAAGCCUUCCACUACGCAAACAAUUUCGGCGACGGAUACUGGACAGUAGAGCUGACAUGGACUGUAAAGAUCUGCCCUCUGUGGCUGGUUCCAGAUGAAGGGCGUACAGGGCGACAAGGACAACUGCACACUACUACAGCCGCGUAAAUAUGUGGAGCAGCGUUUCACACGAACGAGGCGCUA